AGUGGAGAGGAACAGAGAGAAAGAGAGAGACAGUUGGAGAGAAAGAGGGGGGAAAAGACAGAAGACUGCAGCCCGGGUUUGCCAGCGGUCGUACACUCUUCCAACAUUGAUUCGAGUCCUCUUGUUUUUUUUUCUCUUCUUCUCCUCCGUCCUGCUCCCCCCACCCCCUCUUCUUCCGACUCUCAGUGUCUCUCUCUAUCCGUGAGACGUAGUUAGCCUACAGAUCUGAACCAGUACCACCGGUGUCCCUGCUUUGGCAAAGCAUUUUUGUUUUGUUUUUGGCCCCCAAAAAUGUUUUUCCUUUUUUGAAAGCGAACAAAGAAGCGGUUUCAUUUAACAUUUUUAAACUCAUCUCAUUUAAAUUGUAUUAUGUUUUAUUACACGCAUACAACCGUUGUUGUUGUUCUGUAAUUCACUUUUGAACUUUCCCUCCACUCUCUCUCUCUCUCCGGUGUUGUUGAACACCACCUGGUUUAGCAGCUCUUCUGCCACAGUACCUCCUGUGUUUCUGUGCUGGUACUACACCAUCCUCACCCCCUCCUUCGCCUCUCCUUCACUCUUGACUUUGUUUUUCUUCUUCUUGCAUUUAUUGGACAAUUUCUGCAGCUUUCCUCCGUUUUUUUCCCCUCCCGCCUUUCUUCUUCAUUUGCCUUGUAAUUUGUAACAUACUGUAGUUGCGGAAGUUGUUGUGUAUUGACUCAGUAAACCGGUAUCGAACUGGUAUACUGUUUUGUCUGGCGCAGUGAAUUUAUCAUGAGACAGCGAAAUGGAUGAAUUCCACCCGUUCAUCGAGGCCCUGCUGCCCCAUGUCCGAGCCUUCUCCUACACAUGGUUCAACCUGCAGGCCCGCAAGCGCAAGUACUUCAAGAAGCACGAGAAGAAGAUGUCCAAGGAGGAAGAGCGCGCAGUCAAAGAUGAACUGCUGGGAGAAAAAUCAGAGAUCAAACAGAAAUGGGCGUCGAGGCUCCUUGCCAAGCUCCGCAAGGACAUCCGGCCAGAGUUCCGGGAGGACUUUGUCCUCACCAUCACCGGGAAGAAAGCCCCCUGCUGCGUCCUCUCCAACCCCGACCAGAAGGGUAAGAUCAGGAGGAUCGACUGUCUGCGCCAGGCUGACAAGGUGUGGAGGCUGGACCUGGUGAUGGUCAUCCUGUUCAAGGGCAGCCCCCUGGAGAGUACGGACGGAGAGCGUCUGGCCAAGUCGCCCCAGUGCUCCAACCACGGCCUGUGUGUCCAGCCGCAUCACAUCGGGGUCUCCGUCAAAGAGCUGGAUCUCUACCUGGCCUACUUCGUCCAGGCACCAGAAUCUGGACAAUCAGACAGCUCCAGCCAACAAGGAGACACAGACAUCAAGCCACCGCCCAAUGGGCACCUGAGUUUCCAGGACUGCUUCGUCACCUCAGGAGUGUGGAACGUGGCUGAGCUCGUCAGGGUGUCACAGACUCCUGUAGCCACAGCGUCUGGUCCUAACUUCUCCCUGGCUGACCUGGAGAGUCCUGGCUACUACAACAUCAACCAGGUGGCUCUGGGGCGACGCUCCCUCGCAUCCCCCCCUUCCACCAGGUACAUGUCUGAGGUCGAGCUGUACGCAAACCUUCCACGGAGCUCUAACAAGAGGAAGUCGUUAGACGACAGUGAGCUGGAGAGCCCCACGGACGACGUCUUCUACCCAGGACGCUCCCCAGCCGCAGGCUCCUCCCAGUCCAGCGGCUGGCCCAAUGACAUGGAUGCAGGUGGAGACCUUCAUUCCCCAUCCCCAAGCUCACACCAUGUUGACCGUCACCUGAUAAUGCAGCACCAUUUGGCCAGUGUGCAGGAGAGGAAGAUAAAACAUGAACACGAUGGAGUGCAGUUUCCUUACCAUGGACUGUCCUCGCCUGGUUCUCUUAAGAAGCCGGGGAAGUUUGAUUUCAACGCCCUGUCGCCCCAGACGAGGUCCCCCCGCAUGACGUUCACACACCACCCGCUGCCCGUGCUGGCAGGAGUAAGACCAGGGAGUCCCCGUGCCUCAGCGUCAGCUCUCCACUUCCCCUCCUCCUCCAUCAUCCAGCAGUCCAGUCCCUACUUCACUCACCCCACCAUCCGCUACCACCACCACCAGGACCCGCUCAAGGAGUUUGUCCAAUUCGUCUGCGCCGACGGCUCGGGGCAGUCCGGGGGACAGCCUAACGGAGGUGGUCACAGCCAGAGCAAAAUGCCAGGCUCCUUCCUGCUGCCCCCGCCGCCCCCAGUGGCGCGCCCCGUGCCCCUCCCCAUGCCCGAUUCUAAACCAAUCAACACACCCCCCGACGGCGGCGGACUCAGCUCGCCCGCAUCUCCGUCAUACUCCACGGCAGGCUCCACAGCUCCCAACAGGUUUGUCAGCAUCGGAGCACGGGACAACUUUCUGAACAUCCCCCAGCAGUCUCAGUCUUGGUUCCUCUGACAAGGCCUCCGACUCAACCGCUAGAAUUGUGUCAUGAGAAAAUUGGGAAUGGAAAAACAACACAACACACAAAACAAACAACACUGACUACAAACAAACUGCUGACACUAAAGUAUUUUUGCUCAACAACCAACAACACAAAAACAGAAAAUAACCCCCCAGAAGAAUACCCAUUUCCACGAUUUGAACAUUUGAACCGGAACAACCAUCUCCCUAUACAGAAGGCUGAAAAGAGAUCGGUUGAAGUGGACAGACUCAGAACGAACGACAGAACGAGGAAGAAGAGGAGGAAGAAAGAUGAGGAAAUGUCACACACAAAACAUGUCAGAAAGCAAACAAAAAUAUGCAACCUGACAACUAACUGACCAAUUUCGUUUUAUUGUUGUUUUUAUAUUUUAUUUUCACAAUGAAACUCCAUGCAAUGGCUGGGAGAUCCACCCACACACAACAGUGUAAAACACAUAGUUGGCAGAAUUUGGUCAUUUGAGCUAUAGCUAUAAACAUUGUCACCACCCAAAAGAACCCAUUCUGUAAUCCUUUAGUCUCUCCUCCUGACGGUGCUAUAUGUCCCUGCUCCCUCUCUCAUCUGUCAACCAGGUGUCCAGGGUUGCCCCGGCAACGCCCACAGCCUCACACAACCACAUCCGAUUGGCCUCACUGCCGCUUAAUGUACUCAGCCCUGAAUCCCCUACCUCCUCCCUUUUUCUGAUUGGCCAAACACUGGGACACCAUCCAAUGGUGUGAUACCAUCUGCACUAGAUGGCUGGUUUUAGCUUACCCUCUUGUGAAGAGCGAUAGCCAAUAGCAUGAGCCGAGAGCAAACACAAAACAGUCAGUCGGUCAGACAUAAGACAGUCAGACAUAACAGACAGAAAGUCAGUCAGUCAGACAGACAUAACAGACAGACAGACAGACAGACAGACAGACAGACAGACAGACAGACAGACAGACAGACAGACAGACAGACAGACAGACAGACAGACAGACAUAACAGAGAGACAGACAGACAUAAGAGACAGACAUAACAGACAGUCAGACAGACAGACAGACAGACAGACAGACAGUCAGACAGACAGACAGUCAGACAGACAGACAGACAGACAUACAACACUAUGCCCUCUUUCGUCCCCUCACCUAUAUGCACUACUGAAACAAAUAAGGGAGGAAACAGAGCGAUCCAGCAGGUCGCUGAAGGCAGUGUGUGUGUGUGGGCAAUGGGCUGUGGCUCUGGCAUCCUGGCACUCACACAUACACGCACUCACGCAGACUCAAAGUACGUACACACACACACACACAGAUCAUUGUCUCCAGAACCCACACGUCUGGCAGACACAACUGAUUCACUGACAAUACCAUUUUGUCUGUGUGUCCUUCACAGUAACAUAAUACAUGCAUAGGAUCAACAUCAUCUUGUAAUAACUAGCUUUCUUUUUGUUUGUAGCCGUUUUCUUGCAUUUCAUUUUGUCUGCCGGAUUGGUUUUGGUUUUGUCUCACUUGGAUUCUUUUGCUUAUGUUUGACCUUCUUCCCUAAGAUCUUUUUCUUUCAUCCGCUUUUUAUUUUGCAGAAAAAAUAUCAUCUUCGUUUGCAAUAACAGGCAUCUCUGAAAUCUCUCACAAACACCAGUACAGGAACUUGCGACAACCCCUGCCCUGCUUCACCCUGUAACCACAGUCCAUUCACAGUAGCGCCCGGAGGAACACACGCUGACACACCACCGUAUCAAAAUGCACACUACUAACACCGUCACCCUGAUUCCAAACACAAAGGUGAGCCUUUAUAUACGAGUUUCUCCAAACUGCCUUUGAUAAUGGUUUUUCAUUCAUUUUGACAUUUGUCAUUUUUAAUUUGAGAUACCUUGUUUUUUUCUAUUGUAAAUGUGAUUUAUUAAAUUGUUAUUGAUAUUGUAAUUUUUUUUUUUAUCAUGACACAAUAAUUCAAACAAAAAAAAGCCAAACCUCACAAAAUAACUGGACUGCCUAGCUGUUGGUUUCUUCCAUGUGCAGGGAUAGAAUUGUCUGACAGCCCAGGCACUCUUGAGUUUAUAGUGAAAUUAGCUCUAUGUACUCAAAUCAUAUAUCACAACUAUAACAAUCUAUGGAAGUGCCUCUGUACUCCCCUAUCAUGCAAUUAGUUCAAAUUCAGGUUGAUGUUUUUGUUCACAUAUAUGCUAAAGCUACAAAGAAUGGUGAUGUUUCUUCCUAUAUGGAAACCAUUGGCUAUAGGACAGAAUCUUUGUAGAAGACUGCAAAAUGUUAUAAAGAGAGAGAGAGAGAUCUUAAACAUAUAUAUUUAUGGUAUAUGCUCCUUUUUAAACUUGACUAAAAUGAGCUUGUUGGCAGUUUAGUUAUUUUCUGAACUCUUGAGCUAGCAGAAUUCCAUGAUGGACAGCACCUCACUGUCACCAUGACAAUUCAAUGAGCACCCACCCACCCUCCACAAAUCUACAGUGCAGCGUUCAAAAAACGAAACAAAAAUGUCCAUGAUGCAAAAUAGAUGAAACAUGUCAAAAUCGACAAUGGAAAAAUUGAAGAAAAAAGUGUUUGUUUUUUUGAUGGAAAGUAUUAUUAUUGAAAAAUAUGUGUCGAUUGAGCCACGUGCAAUGCAUUGGGUAGAUUCAUUGUGUUUUGUCUGUUAGAGAUUUUUAAGAAAGCUAAGAAGAAAAGAGAAAAAAAUCUAUUUGUUUCAAGUCCGAUGUGCUCCUGGACUCUAAACUAACAGAGCCAUAUCCUAGUCUUUGUAAGUUGGGGGUAUUUGUUUUUAUUUUCCUUUAGUGUCUCUUUUUUAAUGUUUAACGUGUAAUCAUUUGUUUAUAAACAUGUUUGGAGGGGCUGAAGGAAGAAACAUUUCUUACAAAACAUUUAAAAACAAAUUGAACAUGGAAUGAAAAACCGGUGAAAUGAAAAACCGGCACUUUUACACACUAUAAAGUACAUUCAAACUAUUACAAAAUGAAUGAUAAUGAACAAAAUAAUGACUACCUUUAGGAAACCGCAUUUAUUACUCCUCUUCUCUAUUUCUAUUCCUUCUCCUGUUUGUAAUAUUGAGUGGAGGGAGGGGUUCCUAUUCCUUCCUAUAUUCCUCUAGUAGGUUGUGAAACAAAAGGCAUUUUGGUUCAACCUUUAGAUAGGACGAGAGCUGUACUGUAGGCUUAUCAAUGCCCACAACUACUUCUUCUGAUUUCUCCCAGACUAUUAUACUCCUCUCUCUGAGUCUGAGCAAAGGAAAAAAACAGGAAAAUGGCAGCUUAGAAUUUGUUUCAUUUGAGGAGCCAGCCAGUCUGUCAGAACCAUGAUGUAAUGAUAGAAAUACAGUAGGCCUAUGCAAAGUGAGCUUCCCUCCACCCCUUCCUUCUCCACCCUCUCCCUCAUUCCCCUGUAAAUUCACCUUGACUAGUGCUUGUGCUGUAGUGUAGUUUCCCAGCAGUUAAAGGUUGUCCCUUAAAAGUGCCUUUUGUUCACAGACUCCAUUUUGUAAUCCAGAUCGCUCCCCUUUCAUUCGAAAUAAUUCAAGGUAGAGGUGGAAGUGCCCCUAAGUGCAGAUCUAGGAUCAGUUUACUGUAUAUCCUGACCUGAACCAUUAGGAGGGGAUAUGCAAAACUGAUCUUAGAUCAGUGCUUAGUGAGCAACUUCAUCUGACCUCAACCUUUGAAAAAUGAUCCCCCUCCAUUGUAUCAACCUUCCCAUAAAUCCUUUCCCUUUUCAAAAUCCGUAUAUAUAUAGUACAAAAGGAAACUGGUGUGAAUUAGUUCUUUACUUUUUAUUGAUAAAUGAUGGGAAAAAAAUACUGAAAAGGCAAAAAAAAAUUGUUCUCGUUCCCCCUUGCUCUCUGGCUUUUUUCUUCUUCCCUCCGUCUCCUCCUCUCCUCUCCUCUCCUCUGUCUAUCUGUUCUCUCGUAGACACCGGAGUAGUCUGUAACUGUGUCCUCUCUCUCUCCUUCCCCCUCCCUCCCUUCCUUCCUUCCGUUGAUGGAAGGGGUUGUUGAAAAAAAAAAUGGCCGAAACUUUUUGUCUUGAGCAGAAUGCAGUUAGCUCACGUUAUUCUUGUCUGUAUUGCCUCUUCUUCACAUUGUAUACCAUUACCCAUCCUCUUCAGCUUCUCCAUUCAAACAGCUAAUGUAAGUGAACAAAUUACACCAAUGGGCUUUUGGGGGUGCGCCUGCCCAGUGUAGGGUAGGACUGGGUGUUAGUGGUCAUGGGGGUAAAGGUCUUAGGGGGUCAAUAAUGUUGGGGUAAAGGAGAAAUUAUAGGGGUACCUUUUGGGUGUUGGGGGGGUGCUCUUCUGCUGUGACAAGUUAAGAGUUUUUAUUUAUUUUGUUUUAUUUUAUUCCUUUAUUUUUAUUUUUGACUUAAUUUGGAUUUUUGCUUUCAUAGUUCCUAACUAUCAGGGUAUGCCGUCAUAGAAACUCUAUAAGAGAGUCUUGGACUGUAAAUGAAAUGCUACAAGCACCUUAUAACUACUGGCUGAGAAAAGGGGGUUUGCAAUACUACCAGCACACACACACACCUAGUCAUGUAUCAAAUACUCUAAACUCUUGUAUUAUUAUUGUGAGGUUUUAUCUAGUGAAGCCAGGAGCAGUAUUAGCCAUUGGCAAAACACACACCACAACCCACCAUAUAGAGCCAGCAUGAACCAGGCUUGAGGCAUACUCUCAAGUGAAACGUAGAGAUAUCAGUUUGAAUGCCAGGCUCUAAAAUCUCUGUUCCGUUUUGAGAUUAUUUUUAUUUUUUUGUGGUGUCUAGACAGUACGCCCUUUGACCCCCGACCCUACGCCCUCAGAGCAGAAGAGCCCCACUCAUGCCUGUAGCUCUGUCUGAAAUGGCACCCUAUUCCCUACAUAGUGCACUACUUUUUCACUAUUCCCAUAGGGCCCUGUUCAAAAGUAGUGCACUAUGUAGGGAAUAGGGUGCCAUUUUAAAUGCAUCCCAUGUCUUUGUGUAUAAGAAACACCCCCAGAGCUCUAUAGGUGAAAUGCAUGUGUUAAUUACAGUUUCUUUUCCAUAAGAAGAAAAACACAGUUUGAGCAGAGCAGCACCUUGAUUGAAUAAAAGGAUGUUCUUGACUGUA